GGAUGCAAACUUCAGCCUGGUUGAAACAGUUGUUCCUCGGUAGGCCUGCCUCUAACAGUGACUUUUGUGAAACACGUUGAUUUAGGCAUUGUUAGUUUGUGCUCUAAACUCCGUAACACAAGUUUUUGUUACAGGACCAAACGGAAAAGAUGACGGAUUUUUGAUUUGACCUAGAUUAGUUCUACUUAAUGCGGGCGACCACAGGUGAGGCCGUCAGACAGAUGACCAAUGUUAAUCUGUUGAGAAGGGUAAUCCGAGGGUGUUAAUCUGUUCACACUUACUUAAAGCUGGUUUGAACAGGGUCCAAGGGGUGGAGUAUAACUGUCCUAAUGUUACUCCAACUGCAGUAACGGAAGAAGUUACCUAAAACGGACUAACUAGAUUGUUGGAUAUUUCUCCAACUGGGUUGAUAAAACAGCAUGUAAACUAAAAUCCAUCGUGUGUGGAAGCAUGCGAGUCAAACGGAAAUGUGAGCAAGCCCAGGAAACUUCACGGGUCACUUUUUCUUCAGCGGGAGGUGCCAACGGAGCGCCGCUCCUCGGGGCAUGAAACCUCAGAGCACUUUUUUUUCUGUCUCUCACCGAAGAAGGAAGCGACACGAUGGCACUUUGGGGGAGAAGGAGCCAAAGCAGGCUCAUGGUUUUCAUAGUUGGAGUCUUUGUGGUGGGAUAUCUCAUACUCAACAGGCACAACUCCGGGGACGCAAGCACCGCUCAUGAACGAGAGGCCCCCAGAGAAAGAGUAAGAGAGGUGGAGAAUGAGGAUCUGAAAAGACCCGUCUACGAGAAGCCCCCUUUGGAUUUGAGCAGCCCGGGUGAGAUGGGGAAAGCCGUCAGACUUAAUCUGAAAGGAGAGGAGAAACAAAAGGAGGAGGAAAGCAUCAGACUUCACAAGAUUAACACUUAUGUCAGUGAUAGAGUGUCUCUACACCGCAGGCUGCCUGAGAGAUGGAACCCACUGUGAGUAAAUGUAACCAUAAAAUCAUUUACUAUCACUCCACUAUGAAACUCCAGGGACUUCUAUAAUCUGUAGCUUUAUCUCAAAUCAUGAAACAUAUUGUCUUAGUCUGUGCUCACUUCUACCCACUUAUUUACUUCAGAGUGUUUGCUCAGUCAAACAAGCUGAAGCUCAAGGCAAACACCUUUUGCCAGAUCAUCAAUGUGUAUGUUCAGCGCUGUCUCACCUGCUCCCUUCGACAGGGAGCCAUGUAUUUAAACUUUUAUUGCAUUUUUGCUUUGAAAGGAAAAUAAACACUAAGGAACUUUGUAGACCUGGAUGGGUAUUUCCGUCUUACACAGGCAUGUAAACAGAUAAGGAGGAACCAGUCCAAGGAGUUUUGUAAAGAAGAGUCAGCUCAUACGAGGAUGUACUUUAAACAGCCUUGUUAUGCAUUAUGCAAGUGAAUCUGGAAAAGUUUUUCAAGAAUGUCCAAUAAAAGUAAAAUAACAAUAUCCUCCUCAUAUUGCAGCUGUAAGGACCUGAAGUAUGACUACAGGUCCCUGCCGACAACCUCAGUGGUCAUCGCCUUCUACAACGAGGCCUGGUCCACCCUGCUGAGGACGGUCCACAGUGUGCUGGAGACGUCGCCUGACAUCCUGCUGAAGGAGGUGGUGCUGGUGGAUGACUACAGCGACAGAGGUAUCCGUGACUGAUGGAGGGACACUGAGAAGGACAGAUGUGUGGACAGGCAGAGGGCAUGUGUAGGCCAGAUUGACAGUUAGGACGGACAGAGAGGUUGACACGCGAGGAGGCACAUGCAGGCAGGUGGCAGACGGAUAGAAGGAGGGGGCGAGGAGAGAGUGAUGUGUUCGCAAUUAGGAGAGAGUCACGGGGAGGUAGUGACGGGCCGUGACACUCAGAUGUAGAUAAAUGGGAAAUUGAAUACACAUCCAGAUAGACUCAGGCUGAAAGUUUCAAAUUAGCUCAAGGGAGAGUCUCAUACUAAGUGUAACAAGUUGCUGUCUUAAAAUCUUUGGAAAGGAAAUCCACAAAAAUGAGGCUCAUUUCUUGUUCUACAUUUAAAUAUUAGUUCUGUAAAUUAGUUCAGCUUUCUCAGUGUGUUGCUGAUUGGACAUUUGUUGUGUAAAGGGAGGGGUUAAUGAGAACAGAAAACUGAUCUGUCAUCCUUUCAGCUUUUGUUUUUAGCACAAUACUAUAAUUCUUAUAGGUGUGGAAGCUUCCUUAUUAACCUCCAAGCAGAAAUCUAAACACGCUGUGCAAGGAGUCUUUCACAACGUCAACUGCUUUACGGGUGAGGUGGGUGUUGUCAGUGCUCAAGAGGGAGACAAUGAGCUGUGUUCACUAUGCGCUGCAGUGUUUUUCUGUUCUGUUCUGUGCAGCUCCAAAAUAUAUCUAUUGUACACUCAAAAUUGGCCAAGGUGGUAUAUAUUCUGUCAGUAAGCUCUAAAAGUGCUCUACUGGGAGCUCGAAAAGAACCUUUAGUAUAGUUCAAUGGAUAAAAUUAAGAAUCGACAAGACUUUUGGCAAGGAAUGUACCAAUACCUGGAAAGAAAUCCCUGAAUCUACGAGCAAAGGAUCAGGAAAACCGGAAUGAUGAUGGUAAUUGUGAGGAGGAUGUCUUUUCUGUGAAGUAGUUCAUUGAUAAAACUUGUAUGUGGUUCCAUUUAAAGCUGUUGGAACCAAGAUUUAGUAUUUGAACGAAUAAAUGAAUGAAUUUAUUUCGAAUAUGUAUGCAAGGAAAUAAAAUAAUCAAAAAAUGUCAUUUACAUGCAAACAAGGAAAAAAAAAGAAAUGAAUUCUACACGUUCGAAAAGGAGAAGGAUGAAGUAAAUACUUUUUAAAUUCCUACCUCUUGUUACUUCUAUUUGAAGACCUGAUGUUUGAUCCAAGUGUAGUAACUGUGCUGAAAACACUUAAAAAACAAUUUCUUUUCUUCGGAGUGAGAAUUACACUCUACAGUCAAAAGCUAAAAGCAGAUUGUAACUAUCAUGUUUGUAAAGCCGAUCUUUUCUUGUUGGUUUCCUGCAGAUCAUUUGAAAGAGCCGUUGGAAUGGUACUUUGCAGAUCUAAAGAAGGUGCACCUGGUCCGAACGACCAAGAGGGAGGGGCUGGUGCGGGCCCGGUUGCUAGGGGCGUCUUAUACCACGGGCGAUGUGCUGACCUUUCUGGACUGUCACUGUGAAUGUCACGAAGGCUGGUUGGAGCCGCUGCUUCACAGGUUAGAAAGCCAUCAGGGGGAGAAUUUAAGGACUCUUUGAGUAUUUUCUCAGAGUGUGACCUUGUAGUUUAAAGACUAUCUUUUUAGUCCUGCUGAAGUGUCAUUGUGUGUGAGGCACUGAAUAAUAAUUCCAGUCUGGGCUCAGUGUGCUUGAAGAAAGUGAAAUUGUAAAACUUGACUCCAGAAAUGAUUCUUUUGUGUGUGUCUUAGCAGACUUUCUCUUCUUUUCUUCCCUAGAAUCAAAGAGAAGCCAUCAGCUGUGGUUUGUCCAGUCAUCGAUGUGAUCGACUGGAACACUUUUGAGUAUUUGGGCAACUCUGGUGAACCACAGAUCGGAGGAUUCGAUUGGCGCUUGGUGUUUACCUGGCACUCAGUUCCAAAAUCGGAACAGAAACGCCGCCGCUCACCUGUUGACGUCAUCAGGUAUGUGGGCGGGAUCCCCUCAUAGACUGUAUAUAGAAUGGACAGAGUCUGCCUCCUCGCUGGGUGAAGCCACUCUGAGAACAGCACCCUCUGUUGGCUGAGUGCAGUAUAGGUCAUAAAUCCCGCCUCCGCCAGCAAAGCUUAUGGGACUGUGGACAAACUUUAGAAAUUUAUUACACAGAACAUAAUUUUUCUCCCCCCGGUUGUAAUGUUGACAUGUAGUUAUUGUAAGACUGGUUUGUGCUCAAGUCCUUUUUUUCAGUGCAGCUCCGUUUUCAAAAGUUAUUAUGGGGUUAAUGUUUUCUUUGAUUGACACCCGGUACAGCCUAUGGGCGUUCAGGGAUUGCGUAGCUCUCCCGGGGGGAUACGCUGUUUGUCCUGAGCGUCAUCACAGUGACUCUCGGCGACUGCGCGGCGGAAUGCGUGCAUCGCUACUGCGCAGCUCUGGUUUCAAGGAAGUGGAGAAAGACCCGGAAUUACCGAGAGCUUUUUGGCUUCAAAUCCAUAUACAGGCGGAAGGUGGAACCAGGUUGUCCAUAGUAUAUACAGUCUAUGGAUCCCCUCUAUUAACGUCACAGAACAGACCGUACUUAAGUACUUCCAUCACUGUUGUUGCACUCUAAAAUUUCAAGAUGUGUUUCAAACAGUUGUCUUUUUUUCUCUCCAGGUCUCCCACCAUGGCAGGUGGUCUAUUUGCUGUCAAGAAGAACUACUUUCAUUACCUUGGGACUUAUGACACAGGGAUGGAGGUGUGGGGUGGAGAGAACCUGGAAUUUUCCUUCAGGGUAAAUAAUUACAUGUUCAUAUUAAACCCGUUUGUCAUGACUGAGAGGCUGAUCAUGCUCUUGUGGUUUUGGUGGUAUUUUUUUAUGUCUUAUAGAUUUGGCAGUGUGGGGGCAGCUUGGAGAUUCACCCAUGCUCCCAUGUGGGUCAUGUAUUCCCAAAAGGAGCCCCUUACUCACGGAGCAAAGCUCUGGCAAACAGUGUGAGAGCUGCAGAGGUUUGGUUGGAUGAAUACAGAGAGAUCUACUACCAUCGAAGCCCCCACGCACGACUGGUGAGUCAUCAGAGGUGGUAUGUGUGCGCAAAUGUGUACGUGCAAGAAGCAUCAAACACAUCCAAGAUGUAUUUUAAAGCAAACUUCAUAAUUAUGUCUUUUAUGUGAGAUUUUAGAGGGAAGUGGGUUUUUUUCCCACUGCUGUAGUCACAAAACUGAAAGGCUGAUUAAUCUCUUGAUUCAACACAAUGUAAACACUCUCAGUCAUACCCACACAGAUGCACUCUCAGCUCACACACACACACACACACACACACACACACACACAGUGACUGCGCUCCUGCUGUGGUGCAAAAUCUCCCCUGAUUAAGUGACACUCGGGAUACAUGAGCGGCAGACACUCGAGGUGAUGGGUGUCAGGGCGUUCCGGUGUGUGGUUACCACCUUUCCGUGUCACUCGUUGCCAACAGUUGUCACCCACCUGUCCUGAGAGCAGGGAACCCACAGGGUGUCCUGUCUUUGUGCGCAUGCAUUGAGAGGGCCUGUGUGUGACAGUGUAGUUAAGUGGGGAGCUCUCUGACACAGAUCAGGCGGUAUUCAUCUCCAUGAAAGAGUAACACAUCCAUCCUUAUACACCAAAGCUUUGUUUUUUUUUUAAUUCAGACCAGGUAGAGGAGGAAUAGGGUGUGUGUAUUCAUGUGUGUCUGAAAAGCCGAGGGACAGAAUAUGCAUAAAGAGAGAGAGGGGUAGAAAUGACAAAAUAUGUUAGAGCUGCAGCCUGUGAUAUGACAUAAGCUCGAAUCUUUCAGCUUUCAAUAACACUGUGUAAAAAUACUUGACUAUAAGUAGAACCUAGUGUUUAAUUGAAUGAAUAUUAUCACCUAAAGAAAGUCAAAGCUCUUAAAGAUGUCGAUUUAUUUUCACUCUAAUCUCAGACCCAACACUUGCAUUUCUGUUGUAUUUACCCAUUUACAUCAAUCAACCGAACAGCUGUUUUGAUCACCUUUAAGGCACCCGGUUAAAGCCACUUAUGUACCAAAAAGACAAACAUAUCUCUAACUAACUGGCACCUCUGGCCUUUUGAGUGGAUCAGAUUGACCUCUAGUUGUCCUUUUAAGCACUUUUUGUGGCCUCAUUCAUCCACACACUGGAAUUGUAAUUGCAGUACUAGUCACUCACUCUUAAUUUGCAUUUUAGUGGCACUUGCACUGAUCAUUAGUUUUGCCUUGCUUGUAUCGCACAGUAGCACACAGCUCGUCCUUUUGUUGGUCCUCCCCGAUCUCCUCUAUCGAUGGCAGACUCUCCUGCUCCUGACUUCCUGACUGAAUAAAUUGAUGAUGAAUUAAGGCUGCUGGAGUCAAACCACGAGCAUCAAUCAUUCAGCAGUACCGCUGAGCCCACAGCAAAUAAAACUAGAGACUUUGCUCCUCGCUGUCCUGUAACUCACUAAUCAUGAUCACCCUCACACACACACACGCGCGUGUGUAUGUGUAGCCUUAAGGUGUUUACUCAAGCAGGUGUACUGUUUGGGGAUACAACAAUGUGUGCCCACAGACGUCUGUCAAACACCUUGGUGGAUCCUCUUGAUCUUUCCUGAACAGGAUGUUGAAGCAGCAUUGUGUUUGAAGGACUGUAACUGUGUACUCGUAACAGUGUACAUGCAUUAACUGUAGAUGGUGCUGUUGUGUGCCAUUUCAGCACAAAUUCAUGCUGUAAAUCCACUGCAGUAGAAAGAGCGUCAACAUUUAAGGGCCUUUAAUUCAUCACAUAUUGAGUUGAGUAACGCUGUGGUGUAAAUUCUUGCUGUAAUUGAAUCUCAGGGCUCUCAGGCUAAAAGUUAGGCACAGUUUUUAUUUUCUGUCUUUCUUUUUUUCCAGGAAGCCUAUGGAGAUGUGUCAGAGCGACUGGAGCUGAAAAAAAAGCUGGGCUGUAAGAGCUUCAAGUGGUACCUGGAAAAUAUUUUUCCAGAAAUCAGCGUCCCAGAGGAUCACCCAGGCAUGUUUGGGAUGGUGAGAGCACAACUGGACGACUGUUUAUCAGUUUAAAUGUGCCUACUGUCUCCACUUUGAUUGGAUAUCAGUUUUCUAAUGAUGGGACCCUUUUUUGGUUGCUGUAGCUGAAAAGUCGGGGCAAGAGCGACUACUGUUUUGACUACAACCCAUCCAAUGAGAACCAGCCAUUCGGCCAGAGGGUCAUCCUUUAUAGUUGUCACGGCAUGGGUCAGAACCAGGUAAUGGAGAAUCGCUUUAAUAAGCCAUGGAACAAAAAAUGUAUGUGCUUCAUCACAGUUUGUUGUGCUUGAAAUGAUUUUCUAAAACGCCUGUACACUGUGAACAAUGCACCGCCUUCAACCUCAGCAGGUGUUUGUGUUUCAUCCUGUUCUGUGCCUCUGUUCCGGGUUCACACUAGUCACUAUUUCUGUCUAUUUACUUUAGGUUGAUAUUCGAAAAUAUUCCCCGCUGUGCCCUCGGACUUGAUACUAAAAAUUUAUCAGGGGUCUGGCAGUAAAAAUUUAAGGGGAAAGUUGCUUUGCCUAUUUGUAUGGAAGCGUAUUGCAUUCACCAAAAAAAAAAAAAGCUCUGUUUUUAAGAGUAACUUUUUCUGUUCUUCAGACUAAUUUUUUUUCUGUUUUUCAGAGUAAUUCUUUUUUUCUUUUUCUAUUUUUUUGUUUUGUUUUUCAGACUAAUUGUUUUUCUGAUUCUGAUUUAAAAACAGACACUUUCAUCCCCCUCUGCUCGAUUCAUUAGAAGCAAACAUGGCCCACUUGUUGAGUUUAAUCAAGUUUUACUUUCUCCUGGGUUUCAGACACUGGGAGAUACUCCUUUCUUUAAGUCAGAUAGAUGGAAUCAUCACAAGUUUGUCUACUUUGCACAGGCACCUCAGGAUUUGCAUACCCUAUGUUUAACUAACAACAUGCUUUACUCUAAUUGACCCCAUAGUCGAAGUUAUGGAGGAGCCGGAGAAUCCGCUGAUUUGGAGCAGCUGUGGUGGUUAACGUUAUCGGAUUGUAUGAGAUUCUUGCAGGAUUUUGAAGUAUCUUGUUUAGUCAGGAAAAAAAAAAUAGUCUGAAAAACAGAAAGACAAAAAAAAGUACAAAAAACGGAAAAAAAUUGCCAGAAAAACAGGAGAAGUGGGACAAAAUAUUAGUAAAAAAAAACAGAAGAAAAAAAUAUUUAGAAAAACAGAAGAAAAAAAAAUAGUCAGAAAAACAGAGACCAAAAAAAAGUACAAAAAAUGGAAAAAAAUUGCCAGAAAAACAGGAGAAGUGGGACAAAAUAUUAGUAAAAAAAAAACAGAAGAAAAAAAUAUUUAGAAAAACAGAAAGAAGAAGAAAAAAGUAGUCAUAAAAACAGCACAAAAAAAAAAAAAAACAGUUUCCUUUUUUUUGUAAGUGAAUGCAAUACGCUUUUGUAUAUAUGCUCACACACAUGUAAAGAAAUUUUAAGAAGUUUUGCACAUAUGUGAAUACAGCUUAUAUUAGCUGUGAAGCCCCAAUUAAAAGUGGAAAAGUUGGACCAGUUCACCAGAAGUACAUUUAUUUAAGUGACACUGAUAUCUAAUGAAGUUUAAUUCUAUUUACGCUCAUUUUUUGUCUGUCUUUUGAUUCUGCAGGAGUGAGUAGCCAGGUAGUUAGGUUCUUCACCUCAGCUCUGUGCGUAUUUUCGUUAGUUAGUUUCUUUUACCUGAUAAUAGGCUGUCUAUUCACCUGAGACACCUGUAAUCAUGAUCACCGACAGCUGCCCAGACUCAUUCAAAGGAUGAUGAAUCAUCUCAGUUCACAGUUAGCCACACGGUUAGAAGUUUGAGUCUGACAAAUCUGUGAAUAAUGGGCCGACUCGCUUUUCCUGGGCCGUUAAACGAUUCGCUUACCUUUAUACUCAGCGGUUGACAGAAAGAGCUGUGAAAUUUACCACUGUGGUUUCAGCAGCCCUCUGUGGACACACGCUGAUAUUGUCUCUGUAGAAAGUUGGCUCAGCAGCACUUGUGCUGUCUGUCUGCCUCAAAAAUAUUCACCUCACACGUUCAUUCAUAGUCUGCGCACACAUCAGCAGCAGCAGCCUGUGCGUUUGUGUGUGGGCGAACUCCGACAUGCACAUGGAAGUCUCUCAGAACACGCCGUUACUCUCAGUGUUACAGUUUCAUUUGCCAGAUGUUUGCUACAAAGCAGUGCACAUCUGAGAGGAUGUAAAACACAAGCUAGGAUCUAGAGAGGGGGAACGACAUCAGUAAAGAACCACAAAGUGCCUCAAGAACAAGAACACUGUGUCCUUUCGCAGUGAUGCCGCCUAUCCUUUCCCUCUGAGUCACACAGAUCCAUGUAUUUAUUCAUAUGCAGCAGGCACCCAUUCUUCUACACAGACAGACAUGCUUUUGAGGAGUCUGUCCACCACUUUGAAGUCAAGUGUUUCUCUUGAUCCCACUGCAUGACAAAUCCUUGAUCAGGGAAAUUCUUUGUUUUUGUGUCCUGCAGUUCUUUGAACACACUCCAGAUGGUGAGAUCCGCUAUAACACAAGAGAGCCAGCUGGAUGCAUUACAGGUGACAACAUCAGCACCUACCUGACGGUCCAGAAGUGUAGGAAGAAAGGGGAACCUGUACCUGCAGACCAGAAAUUUGUCUUACGGAAGGUAUUAUUUAUCUAUUUUAACUUUCAGUUGCAUUUGUUUAGCCUAGAUUUGACCAAAAAGGUGUUGUCUGGGUCAUCUAUGAGAUAUCUUAAUUGAGGUUCACAAGUUUGCCUCUCUGAGUGUCUUUUGAGUGCAUUGAGAGGAGUCAGAUGAGGUGGCUUGGGGAUCUAAUCAGGAUGCCUCUAGGACGCCUCGCUGGUGAGGUGUUCAGGGCACGUCUCACUGGUAGGAGACAACAGGGAAGACCCAGGACAUGCUGGAGAGACUAUGUUUCUCAGCUGGCCUGGGAACUCCUCGGGGUCCCCCCAGGGAGAGCUGGACGAAGUGGCUGGGGCAAGGGGGGCCCCCGCGACCCGACUCUGGAUAAGCGGCUGAAGAUGGAUGGAUGUAUGGAGUAACUUUUUGUAGUACCAGAUGUCCUUUGUAACUUUUCAGGCUACUUAUGAGGCAGACCCCAUUUUUCUCCACCAACCAAGAAGGUCAUUGCGUAUGCCUUAAUUAUCAUAUACAUGCACAAGGCAACCGAAUACUGAUUUGGAUGUUGUUUACCAUGGUAACGGUAGAUGCUAAGAAGCAUUCAGGUCACAGCUUCCUAAUUCCGAAAUGUGAAUCCCAGCAAACUAGCGGGCUGUGAUUCAUCAUGCAGAUUCUGCAGGUUGUUUAGCAUGUGCUGAGUAUCGUCACACCACACUAAUAUCAGCCACGCUUUCAAAAUGUAAAUGGACCCAAGAGGGAUAGGAUGGUUUAAACAAGGGCAGAGGGAACAGGAGAGAAGGGAGGAAAAGUGACCUAACAUGCAGAAAAGGGCAGAUAAGCUUUAGUGCCAUUAAAUUAGGCUGUUUGAGAUAAGAUGGGGUAUGAAAAUUAAACCGAUAAUAUCACUUUUAUGAUACUUUUUCAUGUGUUUCUAGGACGGGGUGCUGUUUCAUGAUGGGAGCCAGAAAUGUGUCCAGGCUAUGGACAGGACAGACGACGGGAAACCGGCCCCCUCACUCCAGCCCUGCUCUGACAGCCCCCUCCAGAAGUGGUUCUUUCAGGAGAAGACAUAAUGGUAUCAACGCAGAAAAAGUCCACAAUGGUUCUUCACUCAGAUUCUGAGGAUUCUGGUUGAACCUUAAAGGAGUACGAAAGAGGCGGGGUUUCUGCUUCACUCCAAACGUAAACACUCGCAUAUGUUUGUGCCAGCUGGAUUUUAUGGAACAGGAGUAAAUUAUAUAGAUAGUCAUGAUAAUCAAAUCAAAUCAAAUUUUAUUUACAUAGCGCCAGUUCACAACAGUCGUCAUCUCAAGAUGCUUUUUAAAGAACAAGAGCAGUUCUAGACCACGCUCAUUGUUUGAUGAUCAAGAACCAACCUAAGAUCAAGUAAUCAAGAACCAUGUUAAUAUAUUUGAAGGAUGUUUCUUUGCUAUUUGAGACUAUUAAUGGGAGGCAGGGGCUCACAGGGAUAUUUCUGCUAUUUCUAAUCAACAGGA